AUGGCCCCCCAGGAUGACAGUGGAGGUCAGAACGAAGCCCGAAAUGCAGUGACGCUAGUGCAGUGGAACUUGGAAUCUUUGAUCUGUGCAGUGGAACUUGGAAUCUUUGAUCUGGUUCGUGCUAGUGCAGUGGAACUUGACGUAAAACCGAAUCCACCACUCCGGUUGGCACAGUAUCUCCAGGUGGAGAACAAAUUGUCAACCAUUAAGAGUCUUGAAGGAACCAUCCUCGAAGUUCAGAAGCAAUGCAGAGAUAACUGUUUAAGGUUCCUCGAGGUCGAGAAGGCUUGCAACAGAUAUAAAAUCUCCAGUGGGACCCUAUUUGAUGGCGUGGAUGUGAAUCCGGUUGAGGCCAACCCAGUCUACAAGAAGGAUCUCGGCAUCAUCAACCCUUUGACCGCGGUGCAAUUACUACACUGCACCUGCGAUUACCUAACGAGAGUCGGACAAGCGGCCGCGCGAUUCGAUCCACAACUGUUUGUGGACGCCGAAACUUUGUUCCGAACGCGCCUCGAGGAGUUCAGGGCUGAGAUUGAGAAUGAGAGGAUGCUGCAGGAGAUCCGACUUGAGACUCUUAAAUUUGAGAAUGUGAACAAGAGACAACUGGAUAACGCGGUCCUCUUAACAUGUAUCACAGCGGUGGGUAUGGCAAUCACAGCAGCCCUCAGUAUAGCAAGCUUGGCGACUAGUAAGAAGUGUCCAUAG